UUCAAUGCGCUUGUCCAUGGCCUGUAAUAUUUUUCCGCACGCACACAUUGACGGAAGAAACAGCUGUUGAUCUUUUCUGUCCGAUUUUACCGUUUUAGCCCCCGUCAUGGCCGAACCUCGCGGCGGUGUGGUGUUGGACGACAAAGUGCACGAGUUAGAGAUCGGAAAGUCGUUUGACAGGACGCCGAAAUGUGCCUUUCACACCAUCAGAUAUGAUUUCAAGCCAGCAUCGGUGGACACUUCCCAGGAUGCAGUGCUGGAAGUCGGAGAGAACAAUGAUGUCACCGUGACAGUCCCACAUAUAGAGGGUUCAGGUACCAGUAAAACAGUGUUCAAGGGACACAAGCAGCCCUACAGAAGUAAGGACUGUGUUCUUCUGAUCGACCCGACCUCUGGAACCUUCACAUUAGAAAAACUCACAAGUAACAUGCAGGUCAAGAAAACAAGAUUGGAAGGUAAAAGUAAACAACUACAGGCUGGCCUGAGACCGAGCACACCAAACCAAGCGGGCGGCAGUCACCCCCCACCCCCCAGCAGUGCCAACCCCCCUCCCACCAAGACGGCAAGGAAAGAGUCACCACCAGAGUCACCUCUCCAGUCUCUGUCAUCUCCAGAACAUGCUGCUUCAAGUCCCCUUAUUCCAAAUCCUGAUGAUGGCAACAAUGCAGAGGAUUCUGGGAGUGACGAUGAGAAGGGUCAAAGUUCAAGUUCCAGCAGUUCAAGUGGGUCAGACUCGGACUCUGAAUCAGAUUCUCAGCCAGCCAAGAAGGAAGAUCCUGACAAGACAACAUCUGGGUCUCAUCAUCACCACAAACCUCCAGUUUUCAUGAGUCAGCUGUGUGAGGAUCUAGAACUGAGUGAGUCUGACAGCGACUAGGACCGGUGUAAGAUUCGUCAUCGGAAAUAUGAACGUUUCAGCAAUGCACAGACAUGCAAGCCCAUGGAAAACCACCAGAAGAAACAGAGAGGAAAGAAGUUGACUAUAUCAUAGAGAAGUGAAGAAAAGAAGUGAAAAGAUAUGGAGUUGUGAUGGAAAGUCAUGGAAACAUGAUAAAAAGUCAUGGAAACAUGAUGAAAGUCAUGGAAACAUGAUGAAAAGUCAUGGAAACAUGAUGAAAGUCAUGGAAACAUGAUGGAAAGUCAUGGAAACAUGAUGAAAAGUCAUGGAAACAUGAUGAAAGUCAUGGAAACAUGAUGAAAAGUCAUGGAAACAUGAUGGAAAGUCAUGGAAACAUGAUGGAAAGUCAUGGAAACAUGAUGAAAAGUCAUGGAAACAUGAUGAAAGUCAUGGAAACAUGAUGAAAAGUCAUGGAAACAUGAUGAAAGUCAUGGAAAUGUGAUGGAAAUGGCAAAAGGCUGGAUGGUCAAAGAGUUAUAUAUAGCAAGUUUUGGUUUGAAGGAUAUGCAUACUUUCAGAGUAAAAAAAAUGUAUGUUGCAUUGCUAGCUUUUCCCUUCUCUCCAGGCAGAGGUUAGGUUGCGUUUUUAUCGAGCUUUUCUAUUUUGUACCAUUUUCCUAAUGUCUCACAUAGAAGAAAACAGCACAAGGAGAAUUAAGCUAAGAAUAUCUGAGUUCUGGAAAGCUAUGUAACCACAGAAAGGGACAUGUCUUCUGUUAGACCAUAACCGUUACUUCUCAGUUUCUGAUUUUGGUGCUGGUGUGUGAGCAGUUUUCAUAAAACUAUGGCACCACUGCACCUCUCUACACAUAUUGUACUAUACUGUAGUGGGGAGUGGGACUCUGCUAUUUUUUCAUAUUAGCAAUGUUUAUAAGCAGAUUUUAUUGCAUUUUUAUGAGACUUGUUCAAGUGAGGAGUAACUUUACCAGUCUUGAUGAUAUAGUAAUAAAGAAUGUGCCAAGAGAUUAAAAAA